GGAAUCAAGUCUGUAAUCAAGUCUGUGACGCAAUUCCGAGUGCAAAAAGGCGACUUGUCCCACUUGCAAUUUUGCAAGUCUUCCAAUUCGGUCAAACAAGUGUCUGCAUUUAUGGGAGCGCUCUCUCUCUUUCCCACCACAAAUACCGGACAAACCCCACCUCUUCCUCCUCGUGAUCUUCUUUCUUUUCUGCUACCGUACAAGAAAGCUCAGAGCUGGAGAGAGAGAGAGAGAGAGGGAGAGAUGGGUUAUGCUAAGGUGCUUCUGGGCGUGCUUUUAGUCACUGCUCUGGCGGCCACGUCGACGGCAGAGACGAAACUCAAGUGCAGUAAAGCAGGCGCUACGUGUACUGCCCUGAUCGACUACGUGUCCCCGAACAAUACCAACAUCGCCGCCAUCCAAUCACUCUUCCAAGUGAAGAAGUUCCGGAACGUCCUCGGCGCAAACAACUUUCCCACCUCCACCCCAUCCUACAGAAAUGUGACCGCGAAGGAGAAGAUCCGAAUCCCCUUCACCUGCCUGUGCGCCAACGGGACGGGCGUGUCGAAUCGAAAACCGGUAUACAAGGUGCAAAAAGGCGACAUCAUGUACCAUAUCGCCGCUAACGUGUUCUCGGGUCUGGUAUCGUCCCAGCAAAUAGCGGACGUCAAUAGGUUGCCGGAUGCGAGCCUGAUUAAUCCGGGCCAGGAGCUGUGGAUCCCACUGCCGUGCAGCUGCGAUGAAGUGAACGGGGCUAAGGUCGUACAUUAUGGAAUGGUGGUGGAUAAAGGAAACACGGUGGAGGCGAUAGCGGAGCAGUACGGGACCACUCCGGCUACACUUUUGACACUCAAUAACAUGACUGAUCCCAAGCAGCUUCUGGCCGGCCAAGUCCUUGACAUUCCUCUCCCAGCUUGUUCAUCUAAUGUAAACAGUAGCUCCUUGGACUACCCCUUCCUUCAGCUUGCAAAUGGCACUUAUGUCUACACUGCUUACAACUGUGUGAAGUGCAAAUGUGACUCAGCCAACAACUAUACACUGCAAUGCGAGCCUUCUGGACUCAAACCAACCAACUGGACUACAUGCCCUGCCAUGCAAUGUGAAGGUGCAGACAGUCUAUCCAUCGGUAACAAAACAUCUUCCGGUUGUAACCAAACAAGCUGCGUCUAUUCGGGUUUCACUAGCCAAGCCAUUUUGACAUCCCUUGUCACAGAGUCCAUUUGUCCAGCUCCUUCUGCUGCUUGGAAGAUUGGUUUUCAAGGUUUGGGAUGGAACUUCUUCCUUCUCAUCUCAAUUCAAUUGAUCUUCCUUUCUCUUCAUCUUUCUCAGUAAGAUGUAUGUAUUGUCUACGCUUUCAUCAACUUCCUGUACGAGUAUAUAAGCAUACAAUUGUAAUGUGGAGUACCUGUUUUGGCUGAAUUUUGGUGUAUUAGAAUAAACAUAUUCCAUCAGGCAGCAGAUAAUUGAAGUAUUUUCC